GACCCGGCCCCGCCCCAGCGGGCCCCCGAGACCGAGAAGCCCUUCCCCUGUGUCGACUGCGGGGAGAGCUUCCGCUCGCACCCCGCCCUGCUGAGCCACCAGCGCAUCCACGCCGAGGAGCGGCCCUACAAGUGCGCCAAGUGCGGCAAGAGCUUCUGCUUCCAUGCCGAGCUGGCCUCGCACCAGCUGUGCCACCCCAAGGAGCGCUGGUUCCCCUGCGCCACCUGCCAGCGGCGCUUCAGCUCCCAAACCGACCUCAUCCUGCACAAGCGCACCCACCCCGAGUCCCAGUGGUGCCUGUGCGCGGACUGCGGCAAGAUCUUCGCCUGCCAGGCCGACCUCAGCCAGCACCAGGCCGGCCACGUUGCCAAGCUGCACCCCUGCCCCCAGUGUGGCAAGGCCUUCAGCUCCCGCAACCAGUGUGGCAAGAGCUUCGGCUCCCGCACCGACCUCCUGGUUCACCAGCGCGUGCACGGCGAGAGCCAGUCCUUCACCUGCACUCAGUGCGGCAAGGCCUUCGGUUCCCGCACCGACCUCAUCACGCACCAGCGCUCGCACGUCGAGCGGCUCGUGUACUGCAACAAGUGCGGCAAGAGCUUUGGCUCCCGCACCGACCUCAUCAUGCACCAGCGCAGCCACCGCGACCGCCAGUCCUACUCGUGCGCCGAGUGCGGCCGCGUCUACAGCAACCAGUCCUACCUGGUGGCCCACCAGCGCAUCCACACCGGGGAGAAGCCGUAUAAGUGUGCCGAAUGCGGGCGCAGCUUCAGCCACAAAUACCACCUGGGCAGGCACCAGCGGACACACGCCGGGGGCACCCCACCCGUGUACUGAGCCUGGGGCCUGUGCCACCUCACCCGGGAGCAGGCGGGGAGGACGGAGGGUCUGAAAUGCACAAGAAUCCACGUUGCACCAGUGGCAGAUGAAACCUCUGUUAAAAUGGUGACUUCUCAGACCUGAAACUGGGGACUACCACGGCAGCCCCCACCCAUCCAGUGCUUCCGGAAAUGUCCUUGCAGAGAGGGAAGUCUCACUCACGAGGAAACCUGCUUUCUAAGACCUAGAAGAACUCGGAGGCUCCCAGUCAUAGACACAUAGCGCUGGAAGAGACCCCACAAGUUAAUCAAGUCCAGCCCCUUAACCAAGGCAGGACCAAUCCCAACUCAA